CAGAGUUGAAGCCAAGUUUUACGACAGCUCACUGCGCGGAGAUUCGAAACAGCGAAAAUGGCGUUAUCUGGUAUAUUGCCUGCUCCUAGCCAGAGAGUAUUUGACCGUGAAGAUGAAGAACGUGAACUGGCAUUCAGACAUCAGGGUGCCAACCAGGUCAUUGGACGGAGGACAGCGCCUCCUUAUGGUCACAGGAAAGGAUGGGUGCCUCGAUCACAGGAGGAUUUUGGAGAUGGUGGUGCUUUCCCAGAAAUCCAUGUUGCCCAAUACCCACUUGGAAUGGGACAGAAAAAGACCACUUCAAAUGCACUAGCAGUGCAGCUAGACGAAACGGGGAAAGUCAAGUAUGAUGCCAUUGCCAGACAAGGCCAUGCUAAAGAUAAGGUGGUCCAUUCCAAGUUCCAAGACCUCGUGCCCAAGCCUAUGGACCAUGAUGAUCCAGACUUACAGAAGCCCACAGAGGAAGACAUACAGGAUACCACAGAGAAAACUCGACUUGCACUCGAGAAGCUCGUGCAGGGAAAGAUAUCUGCAGCAAUGCCCGUGAGAGCAGCUGAGAAACAGGCUCCGGCACAAUACAUUCGCUACACUCCAUCACAACAAGGCCUUGCCUUCAACUCGGGGGCGAAGCAGCGAAUCAUCAGAAUGGUGGAGACGCAGAAAGAUCCAAUGGAGCCACCAAGAUUCAAGACCAACAAAAAGAUUCCAAGAGGUCCACCGUCUCCACCAGCGCCAGUCAUGCAUUCACCCAACAGGAAGGUGACAGUAAAAGAACAACAGGAAUGGAAGAUUCCUCCUUGCAUUUCCAAUUGGAAAAAUGCAAAGGGUUAUACUAUUCCUCUUGAUAAACGGUUAGCAGCAGAUGGGCGUGGUCUCCAGGGUGUCCACAUCAACGAGAACUUUGCCAAGUUAGCCGAAUCUCUUUACAUUGCUGAUAGAAAAGCCAGGGAGGCUGUGGAGAUGAGAGCGCAGAUGGAAAAGAAAAUGGCACAGCGAGAUAAGGAGAAGAAAGAGGAGGGGCUUCGUCUGCUGGCUCAGAAAGCUAGGGAAGAAAGGGCUGGGAUCAGGAGAGAGGACAAAGACGAUGAAGCAAAAGAAAGAGACGACCUGCGACGAGACAGACAAAAAGACAGACAACGAGAUCGAAAUCUUCAACACGCUGGUGCCGAUCGGCGGUCAAGAAUUCAAAAGGAACGAGAGCGUGAUGUUAGUGAGAAGAUUGCGUUAGGUCUUCCUAACAAUGCGGCAGCGUCAUCGGAGGCACAGUAUGACCAGCGGUUAUUUAAUCAGAGCAAGGGCAUGGAUAGCGGCUUUGGAAGUGAAGAUGCCUACAACGUUUACGACCAGCCGUGGAGAAAGGACAAAGAUGUCGCCAGUCAUAUCUACAGACCUUCAAAGGGAGCAGAUAAAGAUAUUUACGGAGAUGAUAUUGAAAAAUUAAUGAAGUCGCGAAGGUUUGUUCCGGAUAAGGAGUUUGCCGGCACAGACAGGACACGUCGGCUUGACGGUCCGGUAGAUUUCGUCCAAGAUGAAGAGGAAGAUCCUUUUGGUUUGAAUAAAUUCUUGACGGAAGCCAAAAAGGCUCAGAAGCGACCUGCAGAGGAUUCGAGGGGAUCGCGUGACCAUAAACACAAACGAAGAGAGUGAUCGUAAUCGUGUGCUCGUCUGACAUCUUUUGUUAUUGGACAUGAAAUUGUUGGAAGAACCGAGGACAUUCUUGAAGCAUAUUUACACAGAGGUGAAAGUUCCUCAUCCCUUUCUCCUGUAAAUUGAUUGUUUGACAAAUCCCAACUUUGUCAAUUGCUCCAUGAAAUAGGAGACUUUGUCUUGAAUUACAUGUAAGAACGGCCCCUGUUGUCCAUCAGAAUGUCAAACAUUUUACGUAUGUAGUCAUCCAUUGUGUUUUCUCGUCAUGCAUUGCUACAGAAAGUGAGUUUCUGACCCAAUACUUUUGUCCUUGUGAUUCAAAGAGGACUGGGAAUUUUGAAGUAGGGGUGGGUUAAUGACAUAUUUUAUCCAUCAAACUUGAGUCAAACUCCUGAAUGCAUGUUGUCGGACAUUUUAGAAGCAUCUGACUGGAACAAUAGUAAAUAAAGUGUUUGACAAAAAGACUUUGGGAGUUUAUGUGUCGUUAUUGUCUGGACGUGUAUGAUUCUGAAUAUAAAUAAUGUCAUUUCACAAGAUAA